AAAUAUCUGUAAGUGACUAAGCUGGUAGAACUGUGUUGGGAUUUUUUUUCUUAAAAGAAGACCAGCCACCCUAUCCCCACUACAACUUAUUGUGAUAUAAUGCUAGGCGACUGGACACGUUGCAUGUAUAACCGAAUAACCUGAUGGCAGAAUUCAAGAUGGUAUUUCCCCUGAAUGCUUGGAGCACUGAACUUAAAUCAGCAUAUUUUGCAAGUCAAUCCUGCCUAGCUGAUGAAUUGACCAAGUCAAUUCAGUAAAGUCACCACGCCUGCCUUAUAGAUGACUUUAUUAAGUGAUGAUCAGCCACUCGUCAAUCUUAGUGACAAACAAAUAUUCGUCAACACAAGUGAUGAACAAAUACAUAAGAAUUUGGUAGUGGCAAACAUCAACUCAGUAUUGACAGACGUCAACUCAAUAGUGACAAACUGCAGCUUGGUUCGACAUGCGUAGGCACACAAACUUCAAUUUGGAAGAUAGCUUCAUUGUCCAGGAUUCAGAUUCCGCUUUGUCUCAUAUAACAUCCUUGCCCAGGUGGAAAGCUCGUUCAUUGGCAGUUUUGACAGAUCUAAAAAAUCUAAAUGCUGACUUCCUCUGUGUUCAGGAGCUAGAUGAAUAUGAUAACUUUUACAAAGGAAACAUGGAGAAACAUGGAUAUUCCAGCAUUUAUGUUCAGAGAACUGGGCAGAAACGUGAUGGUUGUGGAAUUUUUUACAAGCAUAAAAGUGCAGAACUGAUGUUUAGUGAGGAAAUACAUUACAAUGAUCUUGUCGAUACCAUUGAUUGCAAGAAUGGAUCAACUGAAAUUGGCAUUGUGAGAUCAUUGAAAGAGGUGGCAAAAGAAGCCAUGACUACUGAAGAUUUGUCAAACAAAAAUGAUGGUGGUGAUUAUGGAGAUCGAGAUGAUCCCUGUGUGAGGCUGAAACGUGAUUGCGUUGGUUUGCUAGCAGCUUUCAAGUUGAACGUGCCUUCUGAGCAAGUGCUUGUCGUGGCAAAUACACACGUUUACUGGGAUCCUGCAUUGAUUGAUGUGAAGCUUGCUCAGGUGAAGUAUCUUCUAUCCAGAAUUUCUCGGUUUAAGAAAGCCAUUAGCAAUAAAUUUAGCUGCACGCCUUCCGUGAUUGUUGCUGGAGAUUUUAACUCAACUCCUGGGGAUGAGGUAUACGAGUACAUCACAUCAACAGUGCCGGCUAAUGUAGAUCAUUCAGCACAUCAUAUACGGUUGUGUAGUCUCUACGGAACAAAUAGAGGAGAACCAAUUUUUACAAAUUGCACUCCUGAUUUCACAGGAACUCUGGACUACAUAUUUCUUUUGGAUACUCGUUGCCUGAAAGUGGUUAGCUUACUCGAACUCCCCGGUCCUGAUUCAACUGAUGUAGUUGGGGGCCUUCCCAAUCAUUAUCACCCAAGUGAUCACUUGCCCAUAGGUGGUGAAUUUGAGUUGCUUAGUGAUGCCUGCUCCUCUGCAACUGAUAGCUUGAAUGACAUGGACGUAAAUUUUGUUGAGUUAAAACUUGGUGAGUAAUAUGAAACCCUUCAUUCUUUUAUGCAGAAUCAAUUUAAGUUAGUACAAGAGAGGAAUCAGUGGUUUUGUAUGGGGUUGUACAGAAUUGAGUAAUUAUAACCAGUAAUUCUUUGGCCUUGAAUUAUAUCAAAUCGGCGGUUUCUAUCAUCAUCUA